GUUCACCAACGUUCACCGGGAGCGUAGGUAGGUCGUCUAGUGUGACGUCACGUCGUCAGUCUAGUUGGGUUAGGUUUUACGCUGAAAAUUCUAACGACAAAUUUUUUGUUUGACGAUUGAUGUUUUCGCCGUCGUGUACAUCGUACUGAGCGACGCGAGCAGUUCACGCAGGUGAUUGACGGCCAGCAGUCGCGCUCGAGCAGAUCGUACGAUCGCGAGUGGUCCGCGCUGCAUCGACGAUAUAUGAGAUUUUAAACGGAAAAUGAGUCGACAUGAAGGAGUAAGCUGCGAUUCCUGCUUGAAAGGCAAUUUUGAAGGUCGUAGAUACAAGUGCCUGGUAUGCUACGAUUAUGAUCUAUGUGCCAGCUGCUACGAGGGAGGCGCCAGUACUACACGCCACCUCACAGAUCAUCCUAUGCAGUGCAUACUUACCAGAUCUGACUUUGAAUUAUAUUAUGGUGGCGAAGGAGUGAGUGUGGAACAACCUCAAUCUUUGACUUGCCCGUACUGUACAAGAAUGGGUUUCACCGAAGCUACAUUACAAGAACAUGUGGCUGCUGAUCAUCCCGAUACCUCGUUUGAAGUUGUAUGUCCAGUUUGUGCAGCAGUGCCAGGUGGAGAUCCCAAUCAUGUAACUGAUGAUUUUGCUGGUCACUUGACAUUAGAGCAUCGAAGUGGACCAAGGGAUUUGAUUUCCUUUUUAGAUGAUCCUUCAGCAGGUAGACAUGUUAGGCGGAUACCACAUCCGUCCAGAGCUGUUGGUGCACCACGUGCGCGUAGGUCCAACAUGCAUUUCAGUUCAUCUGGAGGAUUGAGCCCAAGUAGUCGAGAAGGUAUAGAUCCGAUUGCAGAAUUAUUGUCUCAAUUAUCGGGUGUACGUAGGAGUGGAGGUGGAAGUGGACAGAGUUCCUCGGCACCUACGCAACUACAGCAAUUGCAAAUGCAAUUGCAAAUAGAACGGCAACAAGUUCGGGCUGCUAGACAACAACUCGAACGAUUACCUAGGAGGCAGACUCAAGUGAUCGGUUCAGUGAGUGGCAGUGGAGGUAGUAGCGGCGGUCAUUCUACUACAAUGGCUAGUGUGGUGGCGAAUAGUACGAGUAGUAACAAUAACGCGACCAAUGUGGCCAACCCGUCCGGUGUGUCUUCUACUAAUUCGCAGAAUUUUACGUUCCUGUUACCCAGAUGCAUUACAACCACACUGUCUGAUUCACAACUGCAAAAUAUCGAACGCGAAAGUGCAAAUAGGAGCCUUUUUGCACGUGAACUUAUUGUUGGAACACUUUCCCAAACAUUGUCAGAGUUGCUUCAACAGCAGUGUACCGUGCAAACGCCGGCAUCAAGUGCAACUACUGCCACGACCAGUCCCGAAACACCAAACGCUAAUACUUCCAUUGUCUCCACGAAAAAAUUGAGUUUAGCUCAGGAAGCAAAGAGGGAUCAAACGACGAAUAAACAUGUAACACAAGCGUCUGCGCAGCAACAAUCACAAACAAUUCUACAAGCUGCUGCUGCUGCAGCCGUUGCUGCCGGCAGUGUAGGCUCUGCCCUACAAAAUCAGGGUUUAUCCCCAAAUUCUAACAGCAUUGCAACGCAAAAUUCACCUAUAGUUCAAACAUUGAUGCAUAGUGUGUUACCUCAGCCAUUGGUCUUGCAGCAACCACUGCCGCCUCCAAUUAGGAAUACCGGUACUGGGACAAUCCGAGAACCGAUAGCAGCUCCAGCACCCGCUUAUCUCAGAGGUGGAGUGGGUUCAGUUGGAGUGACAGGCUCUUCACGUAGGAAGCCGGUUAGGGCUGUAGACGGCAGAAACCAAUCCACGGAACCACCGCCCCCUCACUAACCCCUCCUUAGUCUGUACCUAUCCACCCUGAUUCCUCACAGGACCCCCUAGCACUAGUCCUAGCACUGUUUAGAACACCUCAUCAUUAUUGUUAUUAUUAUAAUAUUAUAUAUUAAUAAUUAUUCAAACGCCCUCUCUCCUCUUCAUCCACAUGCCGUACUACUUUCCGAACUUUAAUCUCGCCAUCUUUGCUGUUACGUGACAUGGAACAAGGGCAAGGGCUAAUUCGUCGUUGGCAUAUUGCGAAUAAUAAUAAUAAUAAUAAUAAUAAUAAUAAUAAUAAUGUACAUAAUUUCUCACACCUCUUGCGGUCAUGCUCGGAAUAUACAGUUCGUUCGCGUGUAAUACUCCCUUCGGAUGAGUCUUGCCACGUUCUUCCACGCUGACACGCUACACACGAUAUGACAUUCUACUAUCUAUUCGCUGAGACACGCGCGCGAAAACAGGCGUUUGCAAGCAAACGUACUGUACGUAAAUGGUAAAUUCUUGUAAAGGCGAAGCGGUAUUAGCGUUUUCACUAUUUGGUUUAUCGUGUCGAAGAAUAGAACGAACACGCGAGAGUGACUUGUGAUCCGGAAAAAAAAAACUGAACGAAGAACCAAAUUUUUUUUUCUAAAUCGUACUGUAUACGUUAUACAUGUUUGUUGUCACGAGAGACAAAUGAAGUACGAGGGUUUCAUUGACACUUACACGCGGCGUAAAUUAUAAUAUAUCGAACAAUCAACCGCUAAUGUAUCGAGCGCUUUAAACGCAACACGUGUUCCCUCUUCACAAAUAAAGAUACACGAACGUGAAAUUGCCCGGGUUGGUCCGUAAUACUAACGCUUAAAUGGUCCUAAACCUUCAGAUAACUUCUCCGGCGCACUAAUAGUGGAAAAUGGUACACGAGAAAUAAUUAUUACACACAGAUAAAUGAAAAAUGUCGUGAAUGAUAUAACGAUGCAGAACAACGAUGCUGCAUAUUUUUCAGACGACUAUUUAGAAUAUAAUUCUCGUUAUAGUAGACUCCUGUAUGCUUUACAAUCAAUAAAUCAUUAGUACAAUGUACAAGAAAAUGAAUCACCCGUAA